AUGAGAGAUGUGUUUCCAUCAAACGUACUUUUUGCGGAUAAAAAUAUGUUACAGAGGGGUGCUGUUUCGCUCGCUCGGAUGCUUUCUCCGGUGAGAUACAUUCAGCUUCUUGAGAAUUGAAGGACAAUUAUGAAACGCGACGAAUGAUCAAUUAUUUUAUAUGUUAUUUUCUUUUUUUCUUGGUCAGUUGUUUUGGGUUUCCAAUAUAAGUUAGGGUAUCCUAAACCUGAAGUCUUCCCCAUCAACAUCUUCACACACCUGAACACAGAGAAUGGCAAAUCCUUGAUUAACAAAUUCAAAGUCAUCCUCAUUCAGGUCUGCAGGGGAGGCAAGGACGGUUCUCUUUGGGUCAGUGACGUAGUGCCUGGGCCCAGCAGUGACCUGGGGUUAGAGAGUGACUCAAUCAGCAGGGAGCACAAAAAUAAGGACUUAAUCUCCCUUCUGUCCUGCCCACCAGAUAAUGUAUCCUACAGAAAUAAACAGAUGUGCACCUUUUUUGUUCGGUGCAUCAUGGAGACAUUCAACACCUAUGCCUGUAUUUGUAAUUAUUACUGA